GUACUCAGGUUUGACUUGACUGCGGUCCUGGCCUCGGGGUCAUAUGAACGUCCUGAUGGGUAAACGAUGGAGUCCGUGUUGUGUCUCACGUCGACAUAAAUAAAAUCGUCGGAAACAGCAGAGGUCUGUCGGUGUCCAGGUCGAGCCGCAGCUUCCUGAACAGUGUGUGUGUGUGUACACAGGCAGUGCAGCAUCAUGUUGGCCAGAAAGGGUGUCCUGCCUGACAGCUUCCUGUUAACCCGUAUGGCAGAGGACCAGAACCAGCCAAACCGCAGCCGCUCCAGAUCCCAGAGAGCCCGCUUCAUUACCAAGAGCGGCUCAUGCAACGUGGCACACAAGAACAUCAGAGAGCAGGGUCGCUUCCUGCAGGAUGUUUUCACCACCAUGGUGGAUUUGAAGUGGCAACACUCCUUCCUCAUCUUCACCUCAGCCUUUCUCUGCUCCUGGAUGCUCUUUGCUAUGGUCUGGUGGCUUGUGGCCUUCGCUCACGGAGACCUGGAGCCUCGUGACCCUGAUGCCGAGCCGGGCCCCAUCCCCUGUGUCACCGCCAUCCACUCAUUCACCUCUGCCUUCCUCUUCUCCAUCGAAGUCCAGGUGACCAUUGGUUUUGGAGGCAGGAUGGUGACGGAGGAAUGUCCUCUGGCCAUCACUGUGCUGAUCAUACAAAAUAUUUUGGGGCUCAUCAUCAAUGCCGUGAUGCUUGGCUGCGUCUUCAUGAAGACGGCCCAGGCCAACCGCCGAGCAGAAACACUCAUCUUUUCCAGAAAUGCUGUCAUUGCACCGCGAAACAGCCGGCCAACCUUCAUGUUCCGAGUUGGAGACCUGAGGAAGAGCAUGAUCAUCUCUGCCACCAUCCAGCUGCAGGUGAUCCGGCGGACAGUGACGGCUGAGGGCGAGGUUAUCCCAGUGUGUCAGCUGGACAUCCAGGUGGAGAACCCUCUGAGGAGCAAUGGCAUCUUCCUGGUUUCUCCUCUGAUCAUCAGCCACACCAUGGAAAGAGGAAGUCCUCUGUACGAGCUCUCGGCCCAGUCGCUGGCCUCCGAGGACCUGGAGAUUAUCGUCAUCCUGGAAGGGGUGGUGGAGACCACAGGGAUCAGCAUGCAGGCCCGGACCUCCUACACUCCUGAGGAAAUUCUGUGGGGGAGACGCUUCGUCUCCAUCAUCACAGAGGAGGACGGCCGCUAUUGUGUCGACUACUCUAAAUUCGGCAACACAGUUCCCGUCCGGAUGUCAUCUCUCAGCGCCAAAGAGCUGGAUCAGACCAGAGGAGUACAGGAAGGAGGGUCUGACGCCCACCUGCAGGGAUGGGGGUUAGUCCGAGCCGGCAGAGGAGGUUUCCGUAGAGGAGGUCGGGCCUGCGGAAGCUCCGCCCCUCAGCCCUGGUACGCCCAAUCAGAGAAACCAGAGCAACAGGUGGAGCAGAAAGGACAGAAGAAGGUGGUGCAGCUGGAAGUGAUUGGACGACAGAUUGAUGAGGACGGACUGGGAGACAUGAGUGACUGAAACAGGCAGUCUCUUCAGUCUCUGCAGGUUUGGUCUUCACACUGGUGUAGCCAGAGUAAACACUGUUGAUGGACAUUAUUCUCCUAUGAUGCAAUGCACAAAGGAAAAGAUGAGGUGCUCACAGCUGGAAAGAAAGCGACAGCUGGUGAACACAAGAAAAAAUCAUUGAUAAACACUGUUAUGUUCCUUUACUCAGUCUAAAUGGUGGUAAGGCUCUAAAGUCACAUUUGGUGCAGGUACGGUGUCAUUUCCUGUUGCUGUAAAGUGUUUUCUAUUAUAAAGGAUAAACCCCUGGUAAGAUGUGUGAAACAGGCCUCACUGCCAGUGAAGCAUGACUGGAGCAAUGCUGAACAGCACGUUCAUUACAUUUAUGUGUCUCAGUCUGGGGCUCCGUUGUAGGAGGUGGGGGCCCUUUACAUGCCUGUGCCCAGGGGCCCGUUGUUUCAUGACCCGUCCAUGUUACGAGCUAAACCUGAGACUUGGCUUUGGAGAUGAGGUUCUGCCUGCAGUUCAGUUCUCUGUGUAACUACAAAGGUAUUUAGCACAUUGUCAACAGUUAAUACGUCAUGUAUUUGGACAGUUUCCCAGCAGCUAGUGCACCAACCACCAAAAAACACCAACACACUAUUCACUACAGCAUCCAUCAAACUGGGACACUGGAAGUUCGCUUCGCAAACACAAAGUCCUUCUUAAAAAUCUAUUACUAGUUGUGUUUUCUCGGAUUUCUCUGGAGCUGUUUCACACCGUCCGCC